UCAUGGGGCCCCCGGGCAAAGAGGGAUCAUGGGGCACCUGUGUCCUUGCCCAAACUCAAAAAAUCAUAUGAAAAAGGUACCAGGGGCAUCUCAUGGGGCCCCCUACUGACCCCGGGCCCUCGGGCAGUGCCCGAGUUUCCAAAUGGUCAGUCCGCCCUUGGUGUUGCUCCCUGUCAAAGCUUAUACAUGGCUAAGGAACUUCCUCCAUUCCAUGAGAAAAUGAUUGAGCUCUGCAUUAUGAGAAUGAAUGGAAGAGAGGCAUAGGCCGUUGUCCUUAGGUGCCA